GAAUGGAGAGCUAGGCUAAUGAUGGAACGGUCUUCUGCUAUCAAAUGCCCAUCAAUAUCUUAUCAUUUGGUUGGAACCAAGAAAGUUCAACAGGAACUUGCGAAGCCCAAUGUUCUUGAGAGGUUCCUUGAAAAUAAAGAUGACAUUGCCAAACUGCGCAAAUGCUUUGCAGGAUUGUGGAGUUUGGAUGAUUCUGACAUUGUUAGAAAUGCAAUUGAGAGACCAGAAUUAUUUGUAAUGAAACCAAGGGAAGGAGGAGGAAACAAUAUCUGGGAUGCAGUGAGGGAAUCUCUCAUAAGAUUGCAGCAAGCAGGAUCUGAAGAAAAUGCAGCUUACAUUCUGAUGCAGAGGAUAUUUCCAGCUAAUUCUACAACAUAUAUUAUGCGUAGUGGCUAUUGCCACAAGGAUCAGACGAUUUCGGAACUGGGGGUAUUUGGUGCUUAUCUAAGGAACAGGGACAAGGUCAUUGUAAAUGGCCGUAGCGGGUAUCUGAUGCGUACAAAAAUAUCUUCAUCUGAUGAAGGUGGAGUGGCGGCUGGCUUUGCAGUAUUAGAUAGUGUGUAUCUGACGUGAUAGAUUCAAAUCUGACAGGGUAGUCCAAAGCGUGGUGCCAUGGAUUAACCCAUGUAACUUGUUAUUUGUCUCCAGAUGAUUCUAUCUCUGGGCAUUCAUAAAAGGGCUAGGAGGUCCAGUUUCGCUUAUAGCUUGGGCUCCUAGGACUAUGUUUGGUGGGUUAGGGGCCCUUUGCUUUAUGGUGCCCUGGAAAAGGGGCCUUGAUUCUGCCCAAUAAACUUUUUCUUGACUGUUCCUUAACUCAUAAUCCAUAUCCAAAUGCAGUCUGAUUGGAAUCU